AGAAGAAGCAUCACAAUGCUGCGCAAUUUAUUGGCUCUCCGUCAGAUUUCCCAGCGGACCAUCAGCAGUUCGACCAGGAGAUCUCUGCAAAACAAAGUGCCAGAAAAGCAGAAGAUUUUCCAGGAAGAUAAUGGCAUUCCAGUUUACCUAAAGGGGGGUGUUGGAGAUGCACUACUCUAUAGACUGACCAUGGCUCUUACGGUUUUGGGAACAGGAUAUGCUCUCUAUGAGCUUGUUAGUGCUGCUCUGCCCAAGAAGAAGAACUGAUUCCAACAUUUUUCCAAUCUGAUCAAGUUAUCUGUCCAAUUCAGUGUAAAUCAUCAGGGAUUGUUCUUGUCCUUGUCCUAAGCAGACUGGUCCAUUUUGAGGGAACAAUAUUUAUUAAAAUGUACUGUGAAAGCUGCAGACAAUAAAGCAGUUUUACAUUAC